AUGGGCCAGAGGCUGGGAGUCGAUGUGAUUUAUACUGGCCCAUCCACUGCAGAUGCAUCGGAGCAGGUACGUAUUCUGGAGGACAUGAUCAGCCGGGGAGUUUCUGCCAUUGCCGUUGCUCCCAAUGAUGCUGCGGCCGUGACACCUGUACUGAUAAAGGCGCGUAACGCCGGUAUUGCGGUCCUGGACUGGGAUACGCCGGCUGAUGAGAGCGUUGUGGAUUAUUCAGUACAGCAGGUGGAUAGUACCGUAUACGCCCGGCACAUGUACGAUCUGCUGGUGCAGAACAUGGGUGAAAGCGGGGAUUACGCUGUGGUAACCGGUGGUCUUUCGGCAGAAAACCUGAAUAUCUGGAUCGAUGAAGGCCUGGAAUAUGCGAAAGUAAAAUAUCCUGGAUUGACGCUGGUUACGCAGCGGAUUCCUUCUGAUGAAAAACAGCAGCUGGCUUAUCAGAAAACUUUGGAUCUGCUGAAAGCGUAUCCGAAUCUGAAGGGUAUUCUCGGUUAUUCCACUCCUGCCCCCAUCGGUGUGGCACAGGCCGUGCAGGAAAAAGGGCUGCAAUCGCGCAUUGCUGUAGUUGGUGUUGCCCUGCCAACGGAUUCAGGGCCGUAUCUGGAAGAUGGUUCGCUGGACGUGGCUACCUUGUGGGACCCGGGGAAACUCGGCGCGCUGACGGUCUAUGUGGCCAGCGAAUUGCUCAACGGCAGAGCCAUUGCCGAUGGUCAGGAUGUUCCGGGUGUCGGCCGGAUCACAGUGCGCGGCAAGGUCAUUGUUAUGGGCCCCCCCUCUGAUUUCACGAAGGAGAAUUAUAAAGAUUAUACUUUUUAA